UACCAUUUACCUCCAGCACGAGAAACAAGACUUUUUCCUCUAUAAAAACCUCCCAAACGAAGCUUCAUAGAGUGGAUCUUUCUUUCCCUUCCUUUGUUCCGAGAACGUUUCCCGCUCGGUCAUUAACACAAACACUUUGUCUGCAAUUGUGAAAACUCAUACACAACACAAACACAAAAACCCCAGAGAGAGAAAGAGAGAGGAUGAAGUAUGUGUUGGUGACAGGGGGAGUGGUGAGUGGGUUGGGCAAAGGCGUCACAGCCAGCAGCAUAGGCGUAGUCCUCAAAGCCUGUGGCCUUCGCAUCACUUCCAUCAAAAUUGAUCCAUACUUGAACACCGAUGCUGGUACCAUGUCUCCCUUUGAACAUGGGGAAGUUUUUGUUCUUGACGAUGGCGGAGAGGUCGAUUUGGACUUGGGUAACUAUGAGCGGUUCCUAGAUGUGACGCUUACAAGAAACAAUAAUAUUACCACGGGAAAGAUAUAUCAGUCUGUCCUUGAGAAGGAACGAAGAGGUGAUUAUCUUGGAAAGACUGUCCAGGUAGUGCCACACAUAACAGAUGCCAUUAAGAAUUCGAUUGAAUCAGUUGCUGUCAUUCCUGUUGAUGGAAAAGAAGGUCCAGCAGAUGUUUGUGUGAUAGAGUUGGGAGGGACUGUAGGCGAUAUUGAAUCAAUGCCAUUCAUCGAGGCUUUGCGACAAUUGUCCUUCUCAGUUGGGCAAGAUAACUUCUGCCUCGUUCAUGUGAGCCUGAUACCAGUACUGGGUGUCGUUGGUGAGCAAAAAACGAAACCUACCCAACAUAGUGUCCGGGAGCUGAGAGCAUUAGGCUUGACGCCUCAUCUGUUAGCAUGUCGCUCUGCUCAGCCUUUAUUGGAAAAUACCAAGGAGAAACUUUCACAGUUUUGCCAUGUUCCAGCUGGUAAUAUUCUCAACAUCCAUGAUGUUCCAAAUAUUUGGCACAUUCCUCUCUUACUUAGGAACCAAAAUGCUCAUCUCUCAAUUCUAAAGCAGCUAGACUUACUUGAUGAUGCCGCAACUCCUGCUUUACAAGAUUGGACCAGGAUGGCUGAGACUUUUGAUAAUCUCACUGAAUCUGUGAGGAUUGCAUUGGUUGGGAAGUAUGUUGGCUUAUCAGAUUCAUAUUUGUCUGUUGUGAAGGCCCUUCUGCAUGCCUGCAUUGCAUGUUCUCUGAAGCCAUCAAUUGACUGGAUUGCAGCUUCUGACCUUGAAGAUGAUAGUGCUAGAUUGACGCCAGAAGCACACGCUACUGCAUGGGAGACUCUGAGGAAUGCUGCAUGCGUCUUGGUUCCUGGUGGAUUUGGAGAUCGUGGUGUCACAGGUAUGAUAUUGGCUGCAAAGUAUGCCAGAGAGAACAAGGUUCCUUAUCUUGGGAUUUGCUUGGGCAUGCAGAUUUCUGUGAUUGAGUUUGCUAGAUCUGUUUUGGGUUUGGAAAGGGCAAAUAGCAACGAGUUUGACGAAAAGACACCAAAUCCUGUUGUAAUUUUCAUGCCUGAGGGUUCAAGAACUCAUAUGGGAAACACAAUGAGACUAGGAUCCCGAAAAACGCUAUUCCAGACACCUGAUUGUAUUACUUCAAAAUUGUACCAAAAUUCAGAGUAUGUGGAGGAACGGCAUCGGCACAGAUAUGAGGUAAACCCAGAGUUUAUUGAAAUUCUAGAAGAAUCUGGCCUCAAAUUUUUUGGGAGAGAUGAAAGUGGAAAUAGAAUGGAGAUUCUAGAGCUUCCAACUCAUCCGUUCUAUGUAGGAGUGCAAUUUCAUCCAGAAUUCAAAUCACGGCCUGCAAGGCCCUCAGCUCUAUUUUUAGGUCUUAUAUUGGCAGCAACAAGACAGUUGGAAGCAUAUCUUGGCAGGCAUCAGAAUGGAAGUUGAUAUGCUAGUUUUCCCCAUCAUAGUACCUCUUAAAUCUUUCUUUUAAGGAAAAUUAUUGAUGCUGUCUAGCUGAGCAACGCGCUUAGAUGUUUCCAAAGUGGAUCCGUAGUGAGAUGAUUUCCUGCUGCAUUUUGAAGUUAUGGACAUAAAAUGUUGGUCCAAUCUUUUGGACAUAAAAUUUACAUGUAAGAACAGAUAUACACAAAUUUUGGAUGCACCGUGGCAAUGAUAGUUGCUUGUUGACUCGUGUGUUUUUUUGGUUAAACAAAAAGGGUAGGGGGUGGCCAGUCUUGGAUACCCACUUUAGGCUUUCCCUAGGGUUCAACUCAGAAUGUUCACCCAACAAAACCACAUGAGAGUAAGCAUUUGUUAUCGAUCGGUUCACUCACCCUCUAUGAUUGACAUUCUUGAUUUUUGCCAAUGCUAAACGUUGUAACUUAUGGUUUUAGACUUCUCUUACUGUUUAUUAGCCGACAAGACAGG